CAAAAUGCUGGUGUGUUUCCUGAUGGGAGAUGUCCGGAUCUCCUUCUUUGGCUGUGCUGCCCAGCUGUAUUUCCUGGUUUUGCUGGGAAGCACUGAGUGCCUUCUGCUGGCUGCCAUGGCCUACGACCGCUAUGUGGCCAUUUGUGACCCCCUGCACUACAGCCUGGUGAUGAAUGGGGGGUUCAGUCAGCUGGUGGUUGGCUCAUGGAUGGCUGCCAUACCAAUACAAGUGGGCCAGACCUAUCAAGUGUUCUCCCUGCCCUUCUGUGCAUCCCAUCACCUCCAUCAUUUUUUCUGUGACGUCCCCCCUCUGUUGGAGCUGGCCUGUGCAGAUACUUUCUGGAGCCGUGUGACCCUGCACGCUGUCAUCCUGCUAUUUGCCGUCCUUCCCUUUUCCAUCAUCGUCGCUUCCUACAUUAGAAUUAUCGGGACGGUUCUGAAGAUGCACUCUGCUCCGGGCAGACACAAAGCCUUUUCCACCUGCACCUCACACCUCACGGUGCUGACACUCUUUUAUGGCUCAGCCAUGGUCUUGUACUUCAAACACCGCUCCGCAGACACUGACAAAUACCUUGCCCUGUUUUACAUGGUUCUGGCCCUGGUGCUUAACCCUGUCAUCUACAGUAUGAGGAAUAGGGAAGUGAGGAUCGCCCUGAGAAAACUCCUGUGGAGAAAGUAAUACUCAGAG